AUGCUGGUGGCUCAGAAGCUGGCUGCCAGCGUGGCCAACAACAUCUCUGCGUUGGUAUUCGGGCAGAGAUACGAGCUCGAAGAUCCCCGAUGCCACUCUAUUGAAGGUUUGGUGAGCAAAUUUAUGUGCUACGGAAGCAUUCUGUCGGUACUGGACUUCCUGCCAACAGUACGCUCGGUCUGCAAAUACAUCCCAAACAGGAAGAUCUCCAUCUUGAACGACGUAAUGAUGAAUAUGAAGAAAGCUAUCAGGACGGAAGUGAAGACACGAGAAAAGAACAUGGAAAAUUAUUUGGAAAGAGACUUCAUCGACGGUUACCUGAGGAAGAUAGAAGAAAACAAGGGAAAUAACUCGCAUUUUAAUCUGCGUCACUUGGAAGGGAACGUAAUCAACCUGUACGGUGCGGCCACUAACACCGUGCGGACCGCCAUUCUGUGGAACUUGUACAUCGCCGCUAGUGACCCGGACGGUAUGCAGGCUCAAGUGCAGCGAGAGAUUGACACCGUGAUCGGCCGCGAGAAGGCUAUACAAUGGGAGGACAGACGUCGUCUACCUUACACCAUGGCGUCAGUCCUGGAGACGCUACGGUGGAGGACAACGGCGCCCAUCGGCGUACACAGAAUCGCCAUUAGCGACACCGAAGUUUGUGGAUACCACAUCCCUGCCGGCACCUUCGUGAUAGCCAACCUGUGGAGCCUGCACAAUGACACCGCCUAUUGGUGCAAACCGUGUCACUACGACCCGACACGAUUUCUGAAUUCUGAUGGCACGGAGCUUGCUGAGAAGCCACUGGCUUUCCUGCCUUUCAGUGUAGGUAGGCGCGCUUGCCCUGGUGAGACACUGGGUAUUUUUGUACGUAGCCACGUUGCUUCAACGCUACAGAGUGCUUCCAGAGGAUGGCACAGUCAUCUCCCUCGACCCUAGGAACGCUUUUAUUUCUGUGGUCAAUGACACGCAAAAGCUACGCUUCGUACGACGAUGAGUGAUUAUGAUUUCAUCAGCGAGGUCAACGUUUUUUUAUGUAUAUAGAGAAGUCUCACGUUUAGAUGUAUAAAAAACAAGAAUUUUGUGGAACGUUGAGAAAAUAGAAUGCUUCGAAUCGUACAAUCUAGUUAUCACACUUAGAUGGAGUGGACUAAUCCUGAAAUAUGAUUUACCCUUUUGAAAGUCAGCACAAUGCCACCA